AGAAGAGGUGACUCUGUUUUAUAAUUCUGUCAUUGUUUUUUUUAGUUGGGUAGCGCGUUCCGGCAGAUGACGCUGCGUGUAGCGUGAAACCAUCGUUUCGCUUCGAACGGAAAACGAAUAGAUGUCGCUGACGGUGAGGAAUGUACAGAUAUGCUGUGGAAUGCGAGCGAGUACUUUCGAAAGGCCGGUUCGGCGAGCAACAGGCUGGUUGGCGCUAACGCACGAACGAUGCGAUGCGAUUCGUCGUGGGCCGCUCCGCUGCUGCUGCUGCUGCUUCAGCUUCAGUAGUUGUAUGAGUAGAUAGAGGUAAGACGAGUCCGGCGAGCAGCGCGCACACACACUUACUCACACAUACCAAGAGCCCAGAAUAGCUGAGCAGUGCGAGAGGAGGAGAUCUUGCUUGUCUGUGCGUGUGUCUGGUGUUGUACAUCUCUUUACAAAUUCAACAUCUACGUGUCUCUUAAGACUACAUACAAAUAUAUGUAAUAGUUGCAGCAGCAGUAGCAGUGAAAGUGCUGGUGAGAGAAGCAGAAGAAGAGUUGUUGCGAAGGAGGAGGAGGAGGAGGAGGAGAAGAGACGCAAAUUAGAGCUGUUUACACAUGAUCAGUGAUAAGAGCGCCGCUCUGGAGGAUACACCUAGCAGCAGCAGCAACGUCUUCAGAGCGAAUGAUUGUUUUGCGAUUGGUGGUGCGGAAGAAGGUAAAGGGCCGCAGGAGGAAAAGUGAAAACGACCAACGCACCACGUAGAAAGUGCGCUUCGAGUGAUCCAUCCAUCCGCUCUUACUUAAUUUGCGCUCAAGUCGUCGAAGGUGCUUUUGCAUACUAUACAUACUAUAUAGUAUAUAGAGUGUGGACGAUAGUAGGAGAAGGAGGUAGUUGAGGAGAGUGUGUGAGAGAGAGAGAGCGAGUCGGUCGGUCGGAUAGGAGCCAGUGAGCAUUUAGGGGGAGGAGUGAGUGAGUGCGAGUGAGCAAGACGAAAACUUUCCGAUUGGUUCUGAGGCGUGUUUUGUUAUCUACUAUCCCCGACGUACAAAUAAGUGUUAAAAAUAGAUUCAGCAUACGCGACAUUUAUUGUUUCUUUUCCUUCCUUUCCAGAGAGGAGGACCUCUCCUAUCCUCUCCUUAAACGGUGGUAAUACACACACACACUACACACUAAUAAUCAUCAUCAUCAUCAUCGUAAUAAUAAUACAACAACAACACGAUCAUCAUCUUCAUCAUCGUAGUAGUCGUCGUCACGUGAUGUUCGUGGAUGUGCGCGGAUAGUGAAACUGUUUUUCGAGAAGCAGCGGAAUCUUUGCGCGAGUUCUCUCCUCUUACUACUGUUGUUUCGUGCUCCGUUUCUUCUUCUUCAUACUUUGAUCCGGAUAAAUCGUGAUAAAGCAAUCAGCAUCAGCAGAGGAUUCCUUAGAUCCAGAGGUGCUGCGAGGAUAGGCGACGCCGCAGACGUCGUGUUCGUUUCCAAACACAUGGUGGUGAUCAAAGAAGGUUCGUAAGCGCGAGGGCCGGUCAUGCGCCUCGGUCCGGCCCUUCUGGUCGCGCUGCUACCUCUCUUCACGUGGACCGCCGCCGUCGCCGCCGCCACCACUACCACCACCGCUGUCGUCUUCGAUGAUCUCUUCGGAGGUGGAGGAUGGAGGAGCGUUGCCGGACGUCGCGACGUCGACGCCACUUACCAUUCGUCGCCGAUGGAAGAGCGCGAACUCCCGUCGGACGACCUGCGACUCGGCACCGUCGCCAACGAGAACAACGUUGAAGAUGACGACGACGACGACGAGUGGAAGAGGAGAAGAACGAGAACGACGGCGGCGGUUGCGAAGAAUAAGAAGAAGAGUCUCACCGUCGGUUACUUGACUGCGGUCAAGGGAGAACUCAAGGAGAGGCAGGGUCUCGCUGUCUCCGGCGCCAUCACCAUGGCCCUGGACGAGAUCAACAAGGACGAGUCGAUGCUGCCGAACGUGACGCUGGUGCUCAGAUGGAACGACACGCGAGGUGACACCGUCGUCGCGACGCGUGCCAUGACCGACAUGAUCUGCGAUGGCGUCGUCGCCUUCUUCGGACCGGAGGGUACUUGCCACGUCGAGGCGAUCGUCGCUCAGGCUCGAAACAUACCGAUGAUCAGCUACAAAUGCUCCGAUUACAAAGCCUCCGACGUGCCCACCUUCGCCAGGACCGAACCUCCGGACACCCAAGUGACGAAAUAUGUGAUAUCGUUGAUGAAGUACUACGAUUGGAAAAAGUUCACGAUCAUCUACGAGGAGGCUUGGAAGACGGUGGCGCUCUCGUUGGUCGAUCAGGCGAAAUUGAGGAACAUGACUAUAAACGAUUUCAAGAACGCCGAGGAUCGUCACAAGUGCUGCGAGGAGACGUUGCCGUGUUGCCUAUCCGGUUAUUGGUAUCAGUUCAUACAGGAGACGAAGAAUCGCACGAGAAUUUACGUCUUCCUCGGCACUCCGAUGUCCCUCAUCGAACUCAUGAACACGAUGCAGACGGCUCAGCUCUUCGACAAGGGCGAGUACAUGGUCAUCUCCGUCGACGUGAACACGUACUCGGACAAAAUGGCACACAAGUAUCUCUGGAAACCGGAAGUCUUCGACAAGUUCAACACGUGCUUGGAUCAUCAGAAGGAUUUCGAGAAACGCGGCAAAUCCCUGUUCGUCAUCGUCCCGACUGCGCCCACAGAGAACUACGAGAAUUUCACGGCGAGCGUUCGACACUACAACGAGCUGGAACCGUUCAACUUUACCAAACCCGACAUCUUCCUCAACUAUCAAAAGUUUGUGUCGAUUUACGCGGCCUACCUGUACGAUUCGGUGAAACUGUACGCGACCGCUCUGCACGCGCUCCUUCUCCGAGAACCUCACCUGACCGAAGAGAUCAUAGCGGAGAUCGCCGGGAACGGCACGCGAAUCGUCGAGACCAUCAUCAGCCUGGGCACUUACAAAAGUAUAACCGGGGCGACGAUGCGCCUGGACAAGAACGGCGAUUCCGAAGGUAACUUCUCGGUACUCGCCUUGACUCGUCACCCUAGCAACACCGUCAUCAAGAACUUUACGUGCGCCUAUCAGAUGCGACCCGUCGGCCAAUUCCAGCAAGGGGAGUUUCCAGAUUAUCAAAUAAAUCCGAACGUGAAGAUCGAAUGGCCGCAGGACUCGCGGCCCAACGACGAACCGAGCUGCGGCUUCAACAACGAGAUGUGCAAGAAGAACGACACUCAUCUGAACAGCAUCAUCGCCGCCGGGAUUCUCGCUAUACUUUUGUUCUGCGCUGGCGUGAUCACGAUGAGCAUCUACAGGAAGUGGAAGAUCGAGCAGGAAAUCGAAGGUCUCUUGUGGAAGAUCGAUCGUACCGAUAUUCACGGAUAUCUUGAGGAUAUCAAUUCGCCGACACGAGCGAGUUUGUUGAGCGUCAGUGUUGCUUCGUACGAGUCUCGCGGUGGCGCUCAAGUCUUCGCGACGACGGCCGAAUACAAGGGUCUCGUGGUGCGAAUAAAAGAGUUGAACUUUUCGCGAAAGAAGGACAUCUCGAGGGAGGUGAUGAAGGAGAUGCGUCUGCUGCGAGAUCUCCGGCACGACAACAUCAACUCGUUCAUCGGGGCGUGCGUUGAGCCGAUGUCCAUUUUCCUAGUCACGGAUUACUGCGCCAAAGGGAGCCUAUACGAUAUUAUAGAGAACGAGGAUAUUAAAUUGGACAGGAUGUUCGUGGCCUCCCUCGUCCAUGAUCUCAUUAAGGGCAUGAUGUACAUACACAAUUCGAUGCUGGUGUGCCACGGCAACCUGAAAUCCUCGAACUGCGUGGUGACGAGUCGCUGGGUGCUGCAGGUGACGGAUUUCGGGUUGGCGGAGAUGCGACACUGCGCCGAGAGCGACAGCAUCGGGGAGCAUCAGCAUUUCAGGAAUCUGUUCUGGAAGGCGCCCGAAAUGCUCCGGCAUCCGUCGCAGUACAUCCGCGGCACUCAGAAGGGGGACGUCUACGCGUUCGGCGUCAUCCUCUACGAGAUCAUCGGACGGAAGGGUCCGUUCGGUCUCUGCGAGUACGAACCCAAAGAUAUAAUUGAGCAGGUGAAAAGCGUUCCGCAGGAUGGGGAAUGUCCGUUCCGACCGGACCUGGAGGUGCUCGUCGACUCGGAGAUCGGUUGCGAUGACUACGUUAUGCAAAGCAUGCGCGAUUGUUGGGCCGAGAAGCCGGAGGACAGGCCGGACUUUGGCGAAGUCCGGACGAGACUGAAGAAGAUGAAGGACGGAAAGAAUAGGAAUAUAAUGGAUCAAAUGAUGGAAAUGAUGGUGACGUACGCCGAUCAUUUGGAGGAGUUGGUGAGCGAGAGGACGCAACUGCUGCACGAGGAGAAACUGAAGACGGAGGAUCUGCUGCACCGAAUGUUACCCAAACCGGUUGCGGAAAGAUUGACGAUGGGCUACGGCGUCGAGCCCGAAUGGUUUGAUCUAGUUACGAUAUACUUUAGUGAUAUUGUUGGGUUCACUGCGAUGUCUGCGGAGAGCACACCCUUACAAGUAGUUAAUUUUCUAAAUGAUCUCUAUACAGUAUUCGAUCGGAUUAUCAAAGGAUACGACGUGUACAAGGUGGAAACAAUCGGUGACGCGUAUAUGGUCGUGUCCGGUCUGCCCAUCCGCAACGGCGAUAAUCAUGCCGGCGAAAUUGCCUCCAUGUCUUUGGAUCUCCUCUCCGCCGUCAAGAAUCAUUCUAUAGCGCAUCGACCGAAAGAGACGCUCAAGUUGCGCAUCGGAAUACACACGGGUCCAGUGGUGGCCGGUGUCGUCGGGUUGACCAUGCCCAGAUACUGUCUGUUCGGUGAUACGGUGAACACUGCGUCCCGUAUGGAGAGCAACGGGGAACCGCUCAAGAUUCACAUCAGUCCUCAGUGCAAGGAGGCGCUGGACAAGUUGGGCGGAUACGUGGUGGAGGAGAGGGGUCUGGUCGCGAUGAAGGGCAAAGGACAGGUGAGGACGUACUGGUUGACGGGGGCGAACGAGAGCGCCAUCCAGCGGCGCGAAGUGGAUCUGGGCGAGCUGCCGCCUCUGUUCUGCCGCCCCCGAAGGAGUCCGAAGCUGAACACGGACAGCAGGCAGGCCUCCUUCUGCGGAAACUUGUGCAACUUUAACGGUCUGAACAGCAGGAGGCAUUCCAGCGUUCCCAGAGCGAUAAUCAUUUCAGAUACUUAUUGCUGUGAUAGAGAGGAACAUUGUCUGGAAGGUACGAGUACGGAGGUGGAGAGCACAUCGACGUUGCACAAUUCGAGUCCUAUAGCUGGUCGCCUGAGGUACAGCAGAAAUGUUCUGCACGUCCCCGAGAUGGCGGCGUCCAGGCAGACCUUGGAUUCGACGACGGCCUUCGGCAGUCAGAACAUCACCGAGGCGAUCGGAGGGUUGAGAUCGCGACGCGUCCUCUCGAGCAUCGCCUCCAGCUCGGACGAGCACCAGAGGACGAGCAGCGGCGGCAGUCAGAUGGUGCUGAACGGGGGACGAGCGAUGAGGGAGUCCAGAUCUCUGGAUCCUUUGCCGAUGGGUGGACGACGUCAGCAGCAGCAGCUGCAGCUGCAGCAGGCGGUACAGACAGUUUUCGACACGCCCACGCACGCGAUGGGCGGAGACUACGACGACGGCAGGAGGAACAGAAGGAGGCCUCAAUCUCUGGAGAACUGCUGCCAUCUGGACGCAGGAGUUCAUCUGCAGAACAUUAGGAUAAUGGCCAUCCCCGAUGACCGUAUGCCAGGUCAUCAGCAGCAGCAGCAGCCGCCGACGAACAACAAUAACAACAACAACAACAACUUUCCCAAUGGCGAUGUGAUUAAUGCGACGAGUGCCGCCAUCUGCGAGGAUUACGGUACGACGGGGAGCGGAAGCAGCUGCAGUUUAAUGGAAGAUGCGGAGAUGCCGCUGCUGCGCAGUGGUGGCGGCAAAACGGCGAAAGUUGUCGGGACGGUGCUGAGGCGACGCGUCGGCAGCGUCGAGGAGACGAUGGAGGACGAAGAUUACGACGACGGUAGCGUGGAAGUGGACGAGCACGCGAGGAAGCAGUGGCGGUCGCUGGAGACGGUGCCGACCGUCGGCGAUAACCAGACGAUGAUGCACGACGGAGGUGCGACGAAGAAUAGCAUCAUCCCUGCACCGCUGAAGACUUUGUUCAACUUUUUCAACGGGAACGGCCUGAAGACGAGCAACACCUCGUUGAGGAAGGGCGGCAGCGUCGGCGGAGGCGGCGGUGGAAGGGUAGGAGGUGGCGUAGGCGGUAACGCCCUCCAAGCUGAGAAGGAAAGCAUCGUCUAGUUUACAUACUUAUAUAUAUACACACAUACACACACACAAACACACAUAUAAGUUAUAUAUAUAUAGAAAGUUAUUUAAAUGUGCUUAAAUAUUAUUUAAAUGUUACCGAAGAAACUAUAGCGACGACGAGAAUGUUGUCAAAUGAAUUUAGCCACGCCCUCCGAUUUUGUAAGCAACCAAAACAGCAUCAGCCAAGUCAUUGGUAAUUUAUUGUACUGAAUCGUAACCACCCACCUCCCGCCCACAUAUUUAUACAUGUCGACAGCAUAAAGCAAAACAAGUCACGCCCCUCCUUUCGUCGGGUUGUCCAAUCUUCGCACAACCACGCCCUCCUCCUCCUUUGUUACUAUGUAUUUUCACUAAAUUGAUUGUAAAUUUGACAAGAUGAAGGAAUGAAUGUGGGGGCAAUUGCUGCAAUAGAAUAUAAUAUAAAAGAUGUUAACAAGUACGUAACAUCUCUAAAAAAAAUUUAAAUAAAAAUCGUUAUCUUUAUUUUAUAAUACAUAUGCAACGUACACAUAGUGUACGUUUUAUUUCUG